UCUUUCUACUCCCUCUUGGAUAGGGAAGGAGGAAGCCUACCUCCUCUUUCUGCCUUCUGGAAACAACAUCCAAAUAACUUUGCUCCAAUACCUUUCUUUUCCCAUCUCCUUGUAGUUCACUUGAGAGCAAAUGAAGCCCGUCACUCCAGUGGUUUCUCUUUUGCUACUGCUUCUCCUAGCCACUACAACUCAAGGAAUCAGAUUGGAUGAAGAGUCCUUGGCUGCGUUGUACAAUAAUAUCCAUGAGAAGGAGAGUUCAAUGGGAGGAGAGAGUAUAGUUGCAGGAGUGUCUCCUUGUGGAAUUAAUGGUCAUUGUUCAGGGAGGAGUAGAAAACUCAUGAACAAGACAAUGACCACAGUGAAGAACGAGAGGAGCGAGGAGACUGUCUUUGACGCUCCACAAAACCAUCAUCAUUCCAAGCUGGAAGCCAUCGGUAGCAGCGGAGAAAACCUCCCUGUGGAGCCGCCUGUCUCGAAGCAACCGCAGACCUACCCCGACAUUUUAGAUAUAGCAGGAAUGGAUUAUUCUCCUGCAAAGAGAAAGCCUCCAAUCCACAACUGAGAUGCUAAGAGGCACAGACUAAACCCAACAGCUUAGAAGAAUAGAAAACUAGAGGCCGGACAGCAAUACCGGAAAUGCUGCAGUUUUCUUGGGCGAGGACCCAUUCUUGUAGAUACUGCUAUAAAUAUUCUAUUCAAUUCA